AUGGCCUUCUUUACCAGACUACGCGCCCCCUUCCGCCGAUCAACGACAGGCGAGACAGACCCUGCCGUUUCCAUGAGCGCAGCGGAGCCCCCCAAGCAGGAGGCCAACGUUGAAACUGGCAGUGCCGUCGCCAGAAACGGCGAUUCUGACACUGAUGGGCAUCCUGUCCCCGACCAUGGUCAACAUGGUGUCCAUGAUGUCGAGGCUGUGACCAGAACAUGGUCUAAGGCGUCGUUGAUUGCUGUCUUUAUCAACAUCUGGUUCCUAUACUUCGUCAAUGCAUUCCAAUCGCAGAUUCUUUCCAACUUGCUCCCGUAUGUCACUAGUGAUUGGGAAUCUCAUGCGCUCUUGAACGUCAUCUAUGUUGUUUCCGACGCCAUGACCGCAGCCUUGUUUAUUCCCUUGGCCAAGAUAAUGGAUGUUUGGGGAAGAGCGGAGGGCUUCCUCUUCAUGGCCAUUCUGUCGACUGUGGGCCUGGUGAUGAUGGCCGGAUGUCAUAACCUGCCUACAUUUUGUGCUGCCUAUGUUUUCUACAACAUUGGUUUCUCGGGCAUCACCUUCUGUGUGGAUGUCAUCACGGCCGACUCGUCCAAGUUGAAAAACCGAGGCCUGGCGUACGCUUUUACCUCUUCCCCGUACAUUAUUACGGCGUUUGCAGGCCCCAAGGCCGCGGAAGAUGCUCUCGCGCUUAACUGGCGGUGGGGAUUCGGUGCCUUUGCGAUCAUCUUCCCUGUCGUGGCGUCACCUCUGUACUGCAUUCUCAAAUACAACCUUCGCAAAGCCGAAAAGGAAGGCCAUUUGCGAAGGGAAAAGAGCAACCGUACGGUGAUGCAAAGCAUCUGGCAUUGGACCAUGGAGUUUGAUCUGAUCGGUGUCUUCCUGUUCUCAGCCGGUCUUGUGGUUUUCUUCCUGCCCUUUGAUAUCGCUACUAGCGCGCCGGAUGGCUGGGGGACGGGGUAUAUAAUCGCCAUGAUAGUGGUGGGAUGCGUCAUGCUCGUCAUCUUCAUCCUGUGGGAGACAUUCUGUGCCACGGCCCCUCUGCUCAAGUUCAGCUUCUUGUCAGACCGGACCGUCAUUGGUGCCUGCUUGCUCGAUGCCACCUACCAGCUCUGCUACUACUGCUGGAAUAACUACUUCACCUCCUUCCUGCAGGUUGUCAACGACCUCAGCGUCUCCAACGCAGGCUACGUGAGCAACACCUUCGACGUCGUUUCCGGGGUGCUCCUCCUGUUCGUCGGAUGGCUCAUCCGUCGGACCGGCCGGUUCAGGUGGCUGUUGUUCGUCGCGGUGCCGCUCUACAUCUUCGCCCAGGGUCUCAUGAUCUACUUCCGUCGGCCGAAUCAGUCGGUCGGAUAUCUGGUGAUGUGCCAGGUGUUCAUCUCCAUCGGUGGCGCCGUGUUCAUUAUUGUCGAGCAGCUGGCGAUCCUGGCGGCUGUUGAUCACCAGCAUGUUGCGGCUACUCUGGCCCUUCUCAACGUCGUGGGAACCGUUGGCGAUGCGAUCGGCUCCACGAUCUCCGGGGCUAUCUGGACGAAUACCUUUGAGCAUGCGCUGUCCAUGUACCUCCCGUCCUCGGCGUUGCCCGAUCUAGAGGAUAUCUACGAGAAUCUCGACACCCAGCUUAGUUACCCGGUUGGCGGCGCCGUGAGGCUGGCUAUCCAGCAUGCGUACGGCUAUGCGCAGAGCAGAAUGCUGGCGGCGGGCACGGCCAUCAUGGCUUUGUCGCUCAUCUGGAUGUUUAUGAUUCGUGAUAUCAAUGUUGGAAAGGUGGCUCAGGUUCAUGGAACGGUCUUUUAG